CUUUGGCGUGAGACGCUGAAGUUUGCUGGGAAAAGGGCAGCGGGGGGAGAAGUAGCGGUCCACAUCCACGCAGGCUCCCGCGGACAGGGCGACAGCAGCGGGGCAGUGUAUUGGCCAGCUGCAAAACUCCGCUGGUGCAUCCGGAGACAUGGCUGCCAAUCGGAUCAUCAGAGCGACCAACAACAGCCACGUCCUGCCACGCUGCAAGUCUGAAGGGACCCUCACCGACGUGAAUGAAGGGGUCAGCAGCGCCAGCCUCAACAAUGUCAAAGUGCCUUCUCCAAGUGCCUUAAGGCUUGACACUUCUUCGACCCUGGGAGCUGUACAGGAAGUAGUUGCCAUAAAGGAUUACUGCCCCAGCAGCUUCACCACACUAAAGUUCUCCAAAGGCGACCGACUGUAUGUGCUGGACACUUCAGGUGGAGAGUGGUGGUACGCCCACAACAACACAGAAAUGGGCUACAUCCCAGCAACCUAUGUACAGCCCGUUCACUUUCGAAGUUCAACCCUCAGUGACAGUGGCAUGAUCGAUGGUUUUGGAGAAGACAAUGACGAAGGUUUGAAGGAGUUUGGUGAAUGGACCAAUGGUGUAACUCUGAAACCUGCAGCCAUUUGCAGUCCUUUCUCCAUAAAUCCCUUCAAAAGCCAAAUGGAUCAACGUGGCAAAGGUAAUAGGAACUCUACUGAUCUUAUUUUAUUUGAGAACCCUCCAUCGAGCAUUUCUAGCUUUAACACCUGCACAGUUCCAAAUGGAUUUAACCACAGUCACUACACCAGCACACCUGUCACAAGUCCAACCCAAGACAUCUCAUCCGAUUUCAACAGAAAUAACCCUUUUUUGCGGAGUAAGCGAUCCCACAGUCUUUCAGAACUUUCCGUCUUGCAGGCACACUCCAAUCCAUCUCUACCAUCUUCCGGAUUCUUCACUGGUCUCAAAGCACCUUUACCAGAACAGUUUCAGAGUCGGGAGGACUUCAGGACUGCUUGGUUGAAUCACAGAAAAUUAGCCAGGUCUUGCCAUGACCUUGAUUCUUUGGGUCAAAGUCCUGGUUGGGGUCAAACACAACCUGUAGAAACCAAUAUUGUGUGCAGGCUUGAUAGUAAUGGUGGGGUCGUUCAACUUCCAGACACCAAUAUCAGUGUCCACAUUCCGGAAGGUCACAUAAGUUUGGGAGACUACCAGCAGAUUUCAAUGAAGGCCUUGCUAGAUCCACCCUUGGAGCUGAAUGGUGACCACUGCUCCACUGUCAGUCCUGUUGUAGAGCUUAAGCUCAGCAAUAUGGAGAUCAAGUCAUUUAUCACCCUGGAAAUUAAAGUAUCAGUUUCCAUUAAAAACAGCAGCAAUCAUGAAGCAAGGGUGGUUUGUGUCAGGAGCGACUGCAAGGAAGGACCUUAUACUCCGAUCCCCAACGCUUACAUCUACAAUGAUACCGUCCAAGUCCAACUAGACAGUUUAGAACCUUGCAUAUAUGUGGCAGUGGUGGUCCGAUCAGUAAAUAUUAGACCAAAUUCAACUGUCUGGGACCAUGUACAAAGGAAAGUAACUCUAGGAUUGUAUGGACCUAAACACAUCCAUCCAACUUUUAGGAUAGUAGUAGCGAUGUUCGGACAUGACUGUACACCUAAAAAUUUGCUAGUGAAUGAGGUUGGUCGCCAGGCAUGCUCAGCGCCACCUGUCUCUCUGCAGCUAUGGGGUAAACAUCAGUUUGUUCUUGGGUACCCUCAAGACCUUAAGGUUGGACUGUACUCCAACAUGUCCAACUACCAAGUGAAGUCAGCAGAGGGGGCUGGUGUCAUCCAAGGAUUCCAGGUGAAACUUGGAAAAGUUAACCGGCUUCUCUACAGGAUCUCCGCUCUAGAUCCCAGCAGUAUUUUUGAUUUUACCCUAAGAGUCCAGGUCAAGGAUACAUUGGAUUGUAUUCUAACCCAGUUUUGUGUCCAAACCCCGCAACCACCACCUACGACUGCGUCAAGGAACACAGCUGCUAGGAGAUUCUUGAAGAAAAAAGAGGUGGAUAAAAUUGUCCUUUCACCUCUCGCAGUCACAUCCAAGUUCCCCAAAUUCCAAGAUCGCUGUAUUACCAAUUUGAAAUUCGGCAAAUUAAUUAAGACUGUUGUCAGGCAGCACAAGAGCACCUACUUAUUGGAAUACAAAAAGGGAGACAUUGUUGCAUUGCUUAGUGAGGAGAAAAUCAAACUAAGAGGACAUAUGCGGACGAAGGAGUGGUACAUCGGAUAUUAUCAAGGAAAGAUUGGGCUUGUUCACGCAAAGAAUGUACUAGUUCUUGGAAAAGUGAAGCCUAUUCACUGGACUGGGCCAGAUCUAACCACCACACUUUUACUAGAGCAGAUCCUGAAGCCUUGCAAGUUCCUUACCUACAUAUACGCUUCAGUGAGGACGGUUUUGAUGGAGAAUGUGGCCAAUUGGAAGGCCUUUGCGGAUGCACUAGGAUAUGGGAACCUACCGCUACAUUAUUUUUGUCGGGCUGAGUUGGACAGUGAGCCAGAGAAGGUGGCGUCUGUCCUAGAGAAGCUGAAGGAGGAGUGUACCAACAUGGACAGCAAGGAGAGGAAGUCCUUCCAGAGAGAGCUUAUGAUGGCCUUGUUGAAGAUGGACUGCCAGGGCCUGGUUGCCAGAUUGGUGUUAGACUUUGUGUUGUUGACUGCUGCGGUGGAGGUGGCGUGCCGCUGGAGAGAGCUCGCUGACAAACUGGCCCGAGUGUCCAGGCAGCAGAUGGACGCGUACGAGGCUCCGCACCGGGACAAGAACGGACAACUGGACAGUGAGUCCAUGUGGAAGCCGGCGUACGACUUCCUGCUGACGUGGGCAGCUCAAAUCGGGGACAGUUACAGGGACGUGAUACAAGAGCUCCACACGGGCCUGGACCGCAUGAGGAACCCCAUCACCCGCAAAUGGAGACACCUGACCGGGACGCUCAUACUGGUCAACUGUCUGGACACGCUUCGGAGCAGCGCAUUCUGCCCCAGCGGGUACGGGGACUACGCCAUUUAAAGAGCAACUGGACUUUUUAUCUUCAAAAGAAAAAUGGAAUUUGAUCAUGUCUAAGUAGUGGCAACGUUCAACCACACCAGCAUGGCACUGUUCUACCCUGUUUACCCCAUUUCCCUUUAACACCACAGUAUUGUAGGAGGUUGUGUUGUGACAUUUAUAUACAAUAUUAAGUCCACCUGCCAAUGGAAAAGUGAAAUACUGCUAUUUAUUCUACACAACUGCACAACAGCAAUUGUGAUACAUAAAUUAAAAGUAUUCUUAGUCAUCAUUGCUCAGUGCCUUGUCAUUUCUUACCAUUAUAUCAAACCUUUAACAACACUGUACUAAUCGUGAUAUUAAAAUAAAUCAAAUGGAGUAUUAUCAGUAUUGCAUAUUGUAAGAAUAUGAUGCACUAAAGUUUCCUAUAGGUGCUGAAAUGUAUUUAUAUUGGACAUUUGGAAUAAUAUUACCCAAUUCAAGACAGUAAA